UCUGCACAUGUGAUCACAUAUUCCAAUAACAAGCAGCAGAAUUAACAAUUGUUUAAUGAUGUUGAGUAUUAAAAUAAUUCAAAGGAACGUUAUUGAGUCGGUAUUUUAAUAAUCUUGGAGAUGUAAAUCUAGAUCUAGCUACACUUGAAUUAGCAAACUAGUUCAACAACUCUGACAAACUCUUUGCAAUAGUUCAACAUUCUUUCUCAAACAGGUGCUUGAACUUCUCUUCAAAUGAUGAAAAGACCCUCAGAAUUUGAAAAGAAAGAGAACUUGAAAGAUGCCUACAGUCAUCAUGGAAAAUGAAGGAGAAAGAAAAAACAACUUUGUGUUGUAUGAAGUGACUCUUGCUAAGUGGGAGGUUCGAGAGGAAUCCUUUCCCGUGCUUGAGAAAUUAGUACUGUGGAAAUGUCAUAUGCUUGAGGAGAUUCAGUCUAGUUUUGGUGAUAUUUGUUCGUUGAAAAUCAUCAAACUUGUAAAGAGCCCUCAACUUGAAGAUUCAGCUCUGGAGAUUAAACAAUAUGUUGAUGAUAUCACAGGAGAAGAUAGUCUUCAGAUCUUUGGCUGGAAUAAUAUCCUGUUAUCUAAGACAGGUUCUUCUCUAUUAUUUGCUGCUUAGAAACCAAAUUUACGCGUGUUGCUUACAAUGUGUUUGAUGAAUUCUCUAUUGAACUUUUUGUGAACUUCAAGUAGAAAUGUGUCGAUGUUUUUGAUCUCGUUUCAUCACAAUAAGCUUUCAGUAAUAUGGAAAAAAUAAAUUAGAAUGGCAAGCAUUUGUUGUGAUGUAUGCUCAAGUGAGCAGAUAAUUUUCACAAUUUUCAGAAGACUUAUG